ACUGGAUCUCUCCAGAACUCUGUAAUGUUGUCCUUUAGUUCUCUCUCUGUCUGUGCAGCAGAUCCUCACAUCUCUCCUUUCUUCUAUCACUUCCUGAUAAUGAUUAUCAGGACACUCUCUCCAUUCAUUGUCCUCUCUGUUGUCUGCUGUUAUGCAGAGGAGGUAAGGAGUAAAAGUAAAGUUUGUGCCAAUGUGUUCUGUGGAGCUGGGAGAGAAUGUGCUGUGACAGAGAAAGGAGAGCCCAGCUGUCUGUGUAUCGAGCAAUGCAAACCCCAUAAGCAUCCAGUUUGUGGCCGUAAUGGGAAGACGUACCGUAAUCACUGUGAGCUGCAUCGUGAUGCCUGUCUCACCGGACUCAAAGUUCAGGUUGCCCAUGAUGGACAUUGUGAAGAGAAGAAAAUGGAAAAAGCCACCAACAGCCCAAUUGUUUGUUACCUUACGGACCGCAAUGAGUUGAGAAGUCAUGUGAUUGAAUGGCUGCAGUCUGAGGUGGAGCCUGACGGCUGGUUUUCUAAAGGAUCCAACUUCACAGAUGUCCUCCUCAAAUACUUCCAGAACUAUGAUAACGGAGAUGCUCAGCUGGAUUCAACAGAGUUCUUGAAGUUCAUUCAACAUAAUGAGACUGCAAUAAAUGUCACGUUUCCUUAUGCUGAGGAGGAGAACAACCGCCUACUCAGGAGUCUGUGUGUGGAUGCCCUCAUUGAGCUGUCUGAUGAGAAUGCAGACUGGAAACUGAGCUUUGAUGAGUUCUUGAACUGCCUUAGGCCUGGAUUCAACCCUCCAGAGAGGAAGUGUGCCUUGGAGGACGAGACGUACGAGGAUGGUGCUGAGACUCAGAUGGAAUGUAACCGCUGUGUUUGUGCCUGCGGGAACUGGGUCUGCACUGCUGUUAUUUGUGAUGGUUUAAAUAAGUUCCCUGCGCUGGAGGAAAUGGAGGGAAAUGAUCAGGAGAUGUCGGAGGAGGAGUGGACUCGGCGAGUGGCCGAACUCAAUGAGCAUCAGGAAACAAUGGAGAAGAUGAAAAUGGCCACUAAAGAGGUUUGAGGCGUAAUUCAGGAG